CCACUUUCACUGGAAGAAAUGAUAGCAAGAAGAGAGGGAGAAAAGAAAGCUCAAGAAAAGGUGUGGUACUGUACUAUAGAACUGAAAUAUAACUAUACCAAAAGUUAUGGAACGUGAGCAACAAAGAUUGAAGGCUAAAACACUUUUGCUGUCCUGUGCUUUGAGUUAAAGUCUUACUAUACAGAUGUUCAAAACAUGCAUGCAUGAUCAGAUUACGAGUGAUCGAAGGUCCAAACACCCGUGAUCAAAUUGUGUUAUGUGCAUUCCAUUCAUUCUUAGUGGAAGUCCAAAUGAAUGCUGGCUACAUACAUGUACAGUUCAUGCUACGCAUGCAUAAUAACAACCUGGGCCGGGUUGUUCGAAGUUGGGUUAAGAUAACCUACAGUUAGUGCGAAAUUUGGACUCGGAUAUGAGGGCUUAAAAAGCAAAUUCAGUUUAAUUCUCUUUCCCUACAAUUUGAUGAUUGGAUACUCUAAAAAGAAUAGAGAAAAUUAUCCGAGAGAGUUCUUUUGAUAACAAGAUAAGGAAACCCGGGUUAAAAUUUAACCCCUGGUUAGCGCUAACCGGCAUUCGAACAACUGGGCUCUGGAGAUUAGGAUUGUUGCCCACAAUGAUACAGAACAUUGGAACGCCGUCUCUGUGACCUCUAAGGGACCAUGACAUUCAGGUCAUAAUAAUGAGCUGGACCUUUUAUCAACUGUAUGUUUUAUAAUAAAGUUCAGAUAUAAUACGCACUGGUUGUAACAUGAGUGUGGGCCGACUUUACCCUUCAAGCCCCAAUAUCCACAUACAAAUUCUCAAAACUGAUCUCCAUACACAUCUCCUUUAAAAUUACUAGUUGAGAGAAUUUGAUUAAAGAUCAUGGAAUUUUCUCUAUGAUGAUCAUUUUAUUAAUUCUCCUAACUUUAUCUCUUGACAGUGUAUGGAUAUUGUUAGGAGAAAAUUGUUGUUGGUCACUAUUGGGACUUAAAGGGUUAAUCAUGAAGCUCAAUGAUCUGACAUUAAUUUUGUUGACACAACCUUUUACUUCACCAGGGUAGUAAAUAAAAACCAAGUGAACUAACUCAAUAUUGAUUUUGCUCUUGUGUUAUUUUGUUUUGUUUGUUUGUUUGUUUUUUAGAAUAAAAUAUAUUUUUUGUUGUCUUUAGCCAACUUUUUUAACAAAGGAACAGAGAGCAAUGGAAGCAUUGAAAAGACGACAACAGCAAGUUGAGGAACAGAAACAAAAAGACUGAGUUAUAAAGAGAUGCAUGUUUUGUCCCUUUUUGUGACUUCCUUACAUAUGUGAAUUUCUUAAAUUUAUUUUGCACCAGACUUUGGUUGUUUAUAGAGAUGGUUGCUCAUUCAAUGGAUAGUGAGAUUAAGAAUCACAUUCAAGGCAAAUGGUGAAUCCAAUUUUAUUUGUACGUGUACCUUGCGCUUAAGUCUUUGUCUUCACUAAAAAGUUUACUGUUUAUCAUAUCUACUUAAAUAUGAGAAAUUUCAUGCCAGUUCCAUCCCUAAGAAUAUAACUGUUUUGGACAGUUUCUGUCAGCUCAUUUCUUCAUUUGAGCAGAAAAAUUAUAAAUUCCAUACCAUCUACAUUGUACAUUGUACUCUCAGAUGGUUCAUUUUGAGCUUUGCCUAAAAUAAUUAUUUAUUUUCUUUAUAAGUUAUUAUUAUGUUUUUCACCUUCCACUUGACUUGUCAGAACAAACAAAAUUUAUUACAGUGGAACCCCACCUUAUGGCCACCUCGGUAAUAUGGUCACCUUGUUAUUACGGCCACUUUUUUUCGGCCAUCAGACAACAAAGACCAUACAUUUUCUUGUAAAGAAAUCCUCGUUAAUAAUUAUGAUCUCCUUGUCAUUACAGCCAAUUUUUUUUGGCAUAUUGGUGACGGUAUUAACGGGGUUCCACUGUACCGACUGGUUUGGAUAACUUUAGAAAACUGAAAAAUGGUUGGUCUUGAUUUUUGCCUUUUUUGUGGCUUUUCAUUUUAAAACAAACAGGAGGAGUGUCAAAUGAGAGAGAAGUUUUUAGGAGAGGCACAAUAUUCAAGAGGUAAGUAUUGGAAAAACGUUUUUAAAUAAGAGAACCCAAAUCAUUUCAUACUGUUUUUUAAUGCUUUAAACAUCAUGUAGCACAGAAAAGUACAGAUAAUUAUUAAUGAAAAUAAAGACAAAAAGAAAAAUAGAUUAUUUUUACAUAAUUACAUAUACAACAGAUAAAACUGACAGUUACAUGAAAUAACUGCGGUUUAAUUUAGGCCUGACUAAAUGCUUGACUUACAUAGUUUCUUGAGGAAAGGAAAAGAGGAAUGGGUGGAUGGUUUUACUUUAAGGGGGAGGUAUAGUUAACAAAGCAAUUAGGAAGUUAAUAGGGUAACAGGUGCAAGCCAACAAAUUUAAAUAAGAAAAAGUUUCCAUUUGUUUGAAAAGGUGGUCGAAGAAUUACAGCAAUGUGCUACUUGUCAUUCUAUCUCAAUGAUGGAAUUUAACUUACCCUUAAAGAGGGACAUGCAUGAAAAUGCUCCAGCUAAAAAAAAUAAAGGAAUUAUUACUAAAUUUCUUGCGGUCAGUAGAUGAUUAUUUCAAAGUCUCCCGUCUUAUUAAGUCAUUUAAUACUUUAGGUUAGCCUCUCUUCGUAAUCGUUACGUACUUGCCUUGUUUUGUGUUAGUUUAAAUUCUAUUUACUGUAUAGUAGUGUCUUCACUGUUAUUUAGUCCAUCCAUAUAUAAAUCUUGUUUUGUAAUAUGUCUUCAGCUCCCCCCGCCUUGAUUAGUUCAUAAGCUAUUUCACAGGAAAAAAUAACGGAUUCCCAUUUUUGGAUAUUUUAGGGUAUUUAAAGAAUACCCAUAAAAAUCCCAAAUUUGGCAAAGUGAGACAAGUCCCAACCAGGAAAUUCCCAACCAAGUUCCCUGAUUGGGACUUGUCUCACUCUUCCAAAUUUGGGAUUUUUGUGGGUAUUCUUUAAAUACCCUAAAAUAUCCAAAACUGGGAAUCGGUUAUUUUUUCCUGUGUUUGCGGGUGGGAAAGUAAUGUAAUUAGUUAUUUUUCCAAUUUUCAAUAAAAUUUGUUGUUGUUGUUGUAUAAUUACAUGAUAUUUCCCAAAAAGAAGAAUGAGGAUGAUGGCUUUAGAAGUUGCAACUUUAGACCUAGACAGUUCACUGCUCUCAUCAUUAACAUAAUCAUCCUCACUUCUUUAAUAGUACAGUUUGCUGUAUUAUUAUUUUUUUUAAUAAAAAUAUUAUUUCGAUAAACUUUAAAAUAUGUUUUUUUUUUCAUUUUCUAAAGAGGACAAAGUGGAAAGGGAAAGAAGAGAAAGGAGGGAAAGAAAAGAAAAGAACCAAACUGAAGAAGAGGUAGUGUCUUUGCCUGUUAAGGGCAAGGGUGGAUCAUGAAUUUUUUUCCGUAGUGGUCCAAACUUGACCUCACCAUCAAAACUAUUUUACAGCUAAUUAUUCCCACCCUUCCUGAUAGUUAUUUUCUAGUAAACUUCAACUACUUAGGUCCUUAAACUUGAUCUGUUGUUGGUAGUAAUAAAUUAUUUUUUGUUUAAAAGCUGUUAGUUAUUCAAUUACAAUUUUUUUCUGGUCUGAUGGGUGAAUUUAAGGAGAUUUGGAUCCCAUGAUCUUAUCCUGGUUCAGUCACUAGAAGGCUCUAGAUAAUGAACAUUAAUUGGGAGGAAGAACAUGUGAUAUUAAUUUACUCAUUAGUGCAAAGUCAGUGGUGAGUGAUUAUUUGCAAAAGUGAAGAAUGAUUCUUACAGUGUACUUAUUUAUUUACUCUGUUUGAAAACUCUUUUUUUUUUUAGGCUGAGAGUAAAAAAGAAAGGCUGCGAAAGGUACUAGGAUUAUUAUAGAUUUUACCAAAAACUCAGCAGUGGUUACAAUGUAUGUAAAAUUAUAAAUCACAGGUAUUGCAAAAGAUUUUACAGAUGAGUGUAUUUACACAGGAAUAUAAAGCAGGGGCCAAUAAAACAAAUACAAAUGGUGGCUUAGAUUAACAUGGCCUGCAAAUAAUGAAAAAAUAAUAAUCUUAUUUAACAUAGCACAUACAUUUAAGAAUCCCAAUGGAUUCAUGCCAGUUGACUAUCUUCAAGCAGGUAUGGCUGAGGAAUUGAACUUGCCACUACUGUGAACAACCCUUGCUAGUGGUAAGAGCAUGAUUUGAACCUGAUUUGAUUAAGUUUGACUCCAGCACCCCACACAACUUGGUCAUUCUGACUCCUUCAAGUCUUAGACAUUUGUAUCUAAGGGUUUAGGUGAUGUUAAUUUAAUUUGUAGUAAACAUGCACAGUGUAGUUCUCUUUAUUCUUGUAGGAGAAAGAGCAAGAUAAAGAGGUGCAAGCUAUCAAGGUAAUGUAUCAUCAUCUAAAUGAGAUUUGUGUGUGAACGAGACAGUGUUUAUACAUGUAUGCAAGUAAUAAAAUUGUUAAAAGAAGGUAACAUCUUUAUCUAGUAUACAAGUAAAAAAUAGUCUGUUGCAGUUAUUCAGAUGGUAUGGAAUGGAAGAGUGUCAGCACAUGAUUUCUAUGAAACAACUAGGAUUUUCUAUGAGAAAGAUGAUUUUUCCGUCAGUGACACAGGUGACUCAGAAGAAAAAAAUCCCAGUUUUCCAAAAGACCGAUUUAGACGGUAUGAUUUUUGCCUAUGACUAUCGUGCAGGACUAGCAUGCGUCAUGACUUCACAACAGAUUGUGUUGCGUAAAUUAGACCCACUUCAUUUGUACGACACAUUGUGGAUGUCAUAAGUGAAAAUUGUGCGCGUGUGGAUGGUCAAAAGGCGUGAAGUAUGCUAGUCGUGCACGAUAGUUGUGAGCAAAAAUUGUACUGUCUAAAUCAGCCUAAUAGGAGUUGAACCUAUGACCUUGUGGUUACUAGUCCAGAGGCUCUACCACUGAGCUACAGGAUACUCGUGGAAGCUGAGACCACUAGUUUCAUGAACCCAGGAGCAAAUGUUAGGCACCAGGGAUCAAGCUGGCAUUGCUAGAGCACAGCCUUGGUUUUCAAGAUAGUAUUGGAAGACAAAAGGUCUUAUAAGUUCAUAAAAAUGUCUACUUAGAGAAACUUGGAAACUACCUACCUAUCCCUUCCCUAACCCAAAAUUUUGCCCCAAGGGAAAAGUAGUAAUGUCAUUGUUGGUUUAGUGGGGGAGGGGGGUGGGGGGUAGUCAGGUGGGCAAAUCUGAGAAUUUUAUGCUGAUCUAAAAGGUACAUGGGCCAGUUUUUUGUCCAAUUGUUUUAGGAGGGAGUAUUUUGUAUAAAUUGUCUGUACAAAUUAGUGGGAAUUUUAUGGCUAUUUGUCUCCUCUAAAUCAGUGUUUUUUCACUGCUCGAUCCUGAUGUGAUUUAUCAGUGAUUUUCUGUGCGAGUGUUACUAAGAAUCUACCUUGGAAGAAAUCAUGCCUAAAAUUGCACAAAAUGUCACCUGCGUAAAUGGGCCUUUAACAAUAUUCAUCUGUCCUGCUUCAUUCCAGGAGCAAUACCUUGGUGGAGCCAAAAAAAAGAAAGAAGGUUCGUCGUCUCGCUGACAGAAAGUUUGUGUUUGACUGGGACACAGGAGAAGACACUGCUGUCGACUACAAUCCACUGUAAGUAAUCACAUGACUGUACCAAGCUUUUUUGUGCAAUCACCAUUGACACGUUUAGUUGAAACAAGCUUUUUUAUUGAUUUUUUUUGGCGCAGUAGUUUUUAUUUAUUUUAAUUAGUAUUAUUGAGAUACACAUAACAAAUUGGUUUUACGCUGUUUGUGAAAAAUACAAAUCAUUGUAAAUUAUUGAAUGUAGAUUUACCAUAGUUGACUUGACUGUAUUGCUGUAUAGUACCAAUAAUUAUCAUGACUGCUCUUGAUUCAAGUGCUUCAAAACAACACAGGCUCUUGUCACAGUCCGGAGGUACUUACCUAAGGGUGGUACUGUUAAAAUUUUGGCUGUUUUAAUAAUACAACUCUUGUUUGGACUAAGGUUUCAAUGUUGCCAGGUAUAUACAAUUAGGAGGUCAGGAACUGGACAGGUAGCAAGUUCUUUUCCUUCUAUAUUGUAAGAAAUCAAAUAGACCAUAGAAAUGACAUCAAAAUGUUCAUAACUCAAUUGAACCACGAGCUGCAGGCCUUCGAAAGUAGCAGGGGGUCGUAUUCUUAGUUGUGGGAGAAAUCCCAAGCCCCUGGGCGUCACUGAGAGCCCUGAUUAAUGCCCGUUAUUAAAACAGAUUUCACAUCUAAACAUAGGUUGUUGUUAGAGCGACUUUCCUAUGACCUUGAAAUGAAAACGCGCGAACAAAACAGAAACAACAAACGAACGGAAAUGGAGCGAUUUGAUUAGUUUAUCGAAUGGAUACAAACGCGCGUGGCUUUUGGUUAGUUAAACGAACGCUCGGGUGAAAACACUUUAUGCCCGAGAACUUUCUAGAAAUCAAUCGAUACGUCGCUUUGACGUCAUAAUGCAACGCGAUUGGCCAAUCGAACAAUGCCUUCUCUAUAUUAGGGUUUUCUUUGGCGGGAAAACGAAGAGGCCAUGUUUUGAUCUUUUCAUCCACUGGCUGAUAAAACAAAUAACGAACACUUACGGAAAUCAUUUUUCAACGUCAUACAAAAAUCGCUCUAACAGCAUCGAGAAGGCGAACAGAACAUAUCCAUCUACUUAUAUUAAUGAAAUAGACACCUUACAAACAGAUUUGGAGGCUUCUUGAGUCUCUAAAAAAAAGUAAAAAUAAACAAGACUUUGUUCAAAUAACCAGCGUAGGGAGCUAAGUGCUGAUAUGCUUCUUGGUCAAGAACGAUACAUUCAGUCUGUGCAACUCUCCUUUUUACUUACAAGUACUUGUCUUGCUUAGCUAUACAGAAAAGCAUCAAAUUCAGCUCUUUGGAAGAGGACAUAUUGGUGAAUUGAUAUCAAGGUAAACAUUCAAAAAAAGCUGGGUAUCUAACCACAGUCGAAACCACAGAAUAAGAUUGUUGGAUCAUAAUACGUUUCUGGGAAACUGCCCACCUACCCCUCCCCUAAGCCAGCAUUAACACUUACUUCUCAGUUAGGGAAAACUAUUGGCUUAGGGGAGGGGUAGGUGGGCAGUUUCCCAGAAUCGUAUAAUGAUCAGAAGAGUUCAAAGUCAUGGAUGAGUAAGCAGGCAACAGAUGCAGGGGCGGAUCCAGGAUUUUUCUUAGGAGGGGGUGCACCGCCAAGGAAUGGCAUAACUGACUGGUGACGUAAAUACAUUUUAAAAGCGAAUACCAAGAAGAAGGCUUUUGCAUGCUUUUGACUAGGCAAAGUGAGCUGCUGAGAAUACAUAUCAAACGAUACAGCAGAAUUCAGUGCCAAACUACCAUUUUUUAAUACGGUGUUUAACGUAAAUUCUCCAACCUCGUCUCGUGUUUUACUUCAGAACCAAUAAACCACCAAUUUUUCUUUUUUGGCAAAAUACCAGUUGAAUUAGAAAGCCGCAGGUCAUCUUAGAGGGGAACGGGGGUGCGCGAACCCCUCCACCCUCCCCCUAAAUCCGCCCCUGAGGUGUACAUGUACACACUUCUUCAUCGUCAUUAUCAGCAUCCUUCGGCCUCAGCUGAGACUCCUCAAACUACUCCUUUUCACAUCGAUCUUUUUUGUAUCAGCCAUCACAAUAGAGACCUAAAGUGGAGGCCGAGGACGGGAUUUAAGUUUGAUUUUUUCGCGUAUUCUUAGCAAACCCAACCCCGGAAGGCUUCAUUGUACUUUUUUUCACCAGAAAAGUUAGCACAGUUAUUUUUAUUGAAGAAGGUUUUAAAGUUCUCUCAUGAGCGUCUUGAUACUAACUUGUUUCCGUUCCCGCUAAAACUCGUAGUAGAAUGACGACGGCUAUCGCGUUUUCCCGCCAAAAUGACGCUGACUCAUCCGCGAGCACUACUUGAAAAUCUCGCCCUGGAAGUCGUCCUGUUCUUGGAAUCUAAAGCUAAGGUCUCUAUUAUUCAAGUUCCUAACCACAGUCCCUCAUUAGGGAGCUCUAGCAUCUACGACGGCGACGGAAGCGCAAACGUCACAUAAAAAGAGAAUUCGCGAUGCUUCAAACCUCUUGGCAUUCAUUCCAUCUCGUUGUCCAAUAUUGGCGAAUUUUCCUGUAGUUGAAUUCUAAAUGACUGUAAGUAAGUUCAGAAAAAGAAAAAUUAAGGCUGUGUUCACACUAGUACAGAUAGCUUUUGCUCCGACUCGAAAACUAUACCGGACAGGACUUCUGUUCGCACAUAAGAGCGGUGAUUCCAGCGCGAGUUCUGUGACGGAGCGAAGCUGCGCCGCGCCGCACUGAUCUGUGGAGAGUCACAUAUCGGAUAGGUGUUCACACUAGAUAAGCACACGAAAAGCUAUCGUUUCUCUUGUCCACGUCCUUCAUAAAAUGUCAAAUUCACGUCCUAGUCGUGCAACAACGGCAAAAAAGGUACAAAAAAGCGUAAUCCACGUGCAGAGUUGUUGUUUUGCUUAAUAAACCUGUUACUUUUUGCCGUUGCCGUUCUCGUUGCCCCGGCCGUUGUUGUUGCUAAAGCUGCCUAAUAUGAUGCCAGGAAAGUUUUAAACUUUCUACGUCUCAAUGGGCGCGGCUCAGUCUCCAAAGAAAAUAUGAAUCUUCUAGUGAUGCAUUUUUUCUUUGCCCGGGAAUAGACCUUGUCACGGUUUUCGACGCCAUCUUGACGAGCAGGCAAACGCGUGAGAAAUUACAGUGUUUGUAUGAGAAUCUCAUGUUUAAUAAUUUCCGUAGAACGGCUUUUCUGAAAAAAAAAAUGUCAAUUGUAAACUAAAGCUUCACUCCUAUGGAUUCUACUGAAAAAAAUUGAGGGCGUUACAUGCGCUAGAAGACAUAGAACCACUUUUUUUUACAUUUUCUAUACAUUUGUCUGUAAGAAAGUCCAGGGAAAAAAUACAGACAAAUAUAUGGAAAUUCUAAAGCAAGCCUCUGGAGAUAGUUAAGCACAGGUACGCCCGCAAAAUUUUUUAUUGCAAUCCUUUGCUUUGUAGCUUUAGUUUACAAUUGAUAUUGUUUUCAGAACAGCCGUUUUACGGAAAUUAUUCAACAUUAGAUUCUCAUACAAACACUGUAAUUUCUCACACGUUUGCGUACUCGUCAAGAUGGCGUCGAAAACCGUGACAAGGUCUAUUUAGCCUUUAUUAGGAUUAAAGUGGUUAACCCCUCUACAACAGCCACUCCGGCCCUUAGGUGGCCGUCUUUGCGAGGCUCGGCUGUGCACUACAAUGUUAGUAUGUAGUGAGGUGAUAGUUUUUUCAGUGAAAAUCCUUGGAAAAUGAUCUUUUUUCCUUCCCAGUGGCAAAAGAAGGAGACAGGAAAGUUUUAUCAGGAAAUGUUGGAGACAAGACGAACUGUUGAGGAAAAGACCCAAGAGGCGUAAGUAUCUUAUCUUGUCAAUAAGUAACAAAAAAACUACUAACACUGACGCGAAUUGCAUUUAAAAUUAGUUCAAUCUUAGAAGAGAUAAAAUAUUGUCCCGAACGGGACAGAUUAUGUCUUAUGUCUGCAUUGCACUGUGAUUGAUGUACGUUUCCCGUGCAUUGUUGGAAAGCCUGGUUCCAGUGUACAUGUAUGUCAAUCGAAGUUUCCAUCGUUUGCCUGUUAGAAAACUUUGAGUCUGGAAAAAGAAAGUAUUGUAUUGUCUUAGAAAAAGUCCGGGAAAAGCCUCGAAUUUUCCGCCAUCCAAAACUCUGUUCGAACCAUGCUCCAGUUGUGGAUACUAUUUCUGUUUCUCAAGGCUAUCCGCUCAAGAGAGCGUCUUACGGCAAACGGUAAACGUGAGAUGGAAUUGGAAUGAGAAGACAGAAACGGUCCAAAAUCCUUCUUACUGAUGAACCUCAGUGGCAUAAAACUUGUAAUAUUAGAGAGCUGUAGAUUUGAGGACGAGUACAAAUGUGAGAUUUAACUUAUAGGUUUUUUCGCGUGUUCUCAAACAAAAAAAGACACCCCGGAAAGCUUUAUUUUACUUUUUUUUUACCAAAAGGUUUAGUACAGUUAUUUAUACUGAAGGAAGUUAAGCCCUCUCCCGAUAGCAAAAUGCUAAAACUUUCUUACAUUUGAUAACUUGCUCCCGCUACUACGACUUCCUCGCUAAAACUCGUUGUUGUAUGUCGACGGCUAUCACGUUUUCCCGCCAAAAUGACGCUGGUUCACGCUUGAGCAAUACUCAGUAUUGAGAAAAUCUUCUACUCGUAGUCGUCCUCGUCAAAGAAUCUAAGGGUGCGUUUCUUUACUAAAAUCCAAAUCCGGAUUUUUAAUCCGAUCUCGAAUUUUAGUGAAGAAACGCACCCUGAAGCUCUGCUUUUAAGUAGAUAUAAAAAACAAUAAACGACAAGGAAAGGGAAAACUUGGUCACGUGGUACAAAUUUCCGUUUGCCGUUUGCCGUAAACGUGACUCGUGGUUCCUUCUUUUUUAGGACGCGAAUAAAGAAGCAGCGUGAUCAGGAAAGACAGCGUGCGUUCGAUGAUCGUCACUGGAGCAAAAAAUCCUUGGAGGAAAUGGUGGAAAGAGAUUGGCGAAUCUUGCGAGAAGAUUUUGCCAUCUCUACAAAAGGCAAGAGAUUCUAGGACAGGCUGUUGAAAUGUUGUCGUUUUUGGUCCUGAGCUUGGUUUAUCUGUGCUUUUUUUCUUUUUGUCUGUGGAUUACUCUGUGUUAUUGUACUGUUAAAUACUAACAUUGUUGCAGUCUUAAUCGUCAUUUCCGUCGCAACUGAAGAAAAACAACAACUGAAUUUAAGAACCUAAAUAGCCUAAAUUUGUUCUUAUUACCAUUUAUGUAAGAACGUGAUAAGGCUAACUAGGGAAAAUACAGGUUCUUACUCACGGGUUUUUACUGUAUUUUCUCCCUCCUCAUUGCAGGUGGCAAGAUUCCAUUUCCUCUGCGCUCAUGGAGAGAAAGCACCCUUCCAACAUCAAUAUUAGAUAUUGUAGACAAACUGCAAUAUGAGGUAAGCCAGCCGUAUCGUUUCGGUACGGACCCAAGCAGUGAAACUGCACAAAAAUUUCGAUCACCUCAAGUAUUAUUAUUUUUUAAAGUUUGCAAUUGAACAAGAAAAACAUUUUGGGUGAAUAUUCUUCGUUCUUUAAGUUAAGUACGUGAAACUAUUUACACCUCGAAGGAACUAACUUGUAUCGAAACGACCGGUAACCCUUUAAGUUAAGUGCGUGAAUCUAUUUACACCUCGAAGGAACUAACUUUUAUCGAAACGACCGGUAACCCUUUAGCUUAGUCACUUAUCCACCACCCACCAAAUGUCACAACCUGAAUGGCGCUGGUUUAAUUUUCCCAUUGAAGUUAAACUGUUUCUUUACAUCGAUAUUCAUAGUUUGUAAGGUUUGGAAGACGGAGGCAAUGUUAUUAUUCCUUGCACACUUGGUAUGAGGGUUAGACUGUCAGAGUAUACAUUGAAAAGAAAUCUCGAAGCAUCAUCGGCUAUGCUUUUCUUAAUCCAGUCACUUAUUUAACCACAGCAGGGCUACCUCAGUUGGUAGAUCGGCAAUGGUCCAGAUUAGAAGGUUACAAAAGAACUGAGACAGAAGGUUCUGCGUCUGGCAAACGGCUAGACCUUCGUGCGGCUUGGAUGACCACUUUGAAUACAACUGACUUAUAAAUAAAGUCGAUUUCUUUUAUUUGUAUCUUAUCUGUAGGGUAGAAUUAUAUGAUUUUCCCAUGUGAAAAAGCUCUUUUAACUGGUACAAAUGGUACUGUUUGGUAAUGGUAAUGUACUCUUUUAACUGGUACAAACCAAAAGUAAAACUUUAGAACAACUCGUAGAUGAUCUAUCCUGUUUGUUCAUAGGAACCAACACCAAUUCAGCGCCAAGCCAUUCCUAUUGGACUUCAGAACAGGGACAUCAUAGGAGUAGCUGAAACAGGUGAAGUGAGAACUCAGUAGGGUAGACUAUUGGGAAGUUUUAACUAUUGGAAUUGUAUUUCAGUAGGUCACACGGUAGACUACGAGUAGUCCUCAUUUUUCCUCAGGGACAGUAGAGCGAGCGAAACGCGAGCGCGCUUGAAAAUCACCCCACGCGAGAAAGGCGAGCCACGCGCGCUCGCGUUUCGCUCCCUCUACUAUCCCUGAGGAAAAAUGGGGACUACUCGUAGUCUAGUCACACAGAUAUUGAGAAUAGGCGGAUAAAACUUCUUUUUUGUUUUGUUUCAAUAAAAAGGUAGUGGUAAGACAGCAGCAUUUCUGAUUCCUUUAUUGGUGUGGAUUAUGGGGCUGCCAAAGAUUGAACGUGACGCAGAUGCUGAUAAGGGACCUUAUGCUGUAAUCUUAGCUCCGACUAGGGAACUGGCGCAACAGGUUAGUUGGUCAAUUCGCCCUUAGGCGAGUUGGCGUGAAGGCCUCAUAUCAGCUCACCAGGGAACUGGUACAACAGGUUAGUUGGUCAAUUCGCCCUCGGGCGAGUUGGCAUGAGGGCCUCAUGUCAACUCGCCCCAACCGUUUCGCGUGCAAGAAUUCACGCUUCCGUUGCGUUGUGCCUUAAGAGCAGCGGUUAUUUCUUAAGAAAAAAAGCCGAGUUUUUGUGGUCUACCUACAUUCAUGGGAUUAGUACAUACGUACAUACAUACUUUCUUGUUUCCUCCCCAAAGGGGCUUUUCAGGAACAAUCAUUAUUUACAAUCAUUACAUUUAAUUACAAAACUUACAUUAUUACUGAUUACAAUGCUUAACUUCUUACUAAUUACAAUACUUAACUUAGCCAAGAAGCAUUUACAAAAUUAUCAAAAAGCUUGUUCGUUAAGACAGUAGUACAACUUCUCGUCAGCAGUAAACUAAACUGUUAGUUCGACUAACUUACCAGGAUUCGUGCCGUAGAUUAAAAGUAAGCACUCUUAUUGUUACAAAGGUAUACCGCGUUAAAUUAGAGCCAACGGUGCGUUUGUUUUUCUAAUCUUGCCAGAUCGAAGAUGAAGCUGCCAAGUUUGGUCGUCCUCUUGGCGUCAGGACAGUGUCUGUGAUUGGUGGGGUAAGAAAUCUACGCAUAAGUCUGACAAUGUCUUUAUCGGUGGUGUCGUAGCUACCCUGGGUGCAAUGUUGGAACAAUGUUGUAACAAUUCAAAACAAUGUCGCAACAAUAUUGCAACGCUGUGUUGCGAUAAAAAUCGUCGUUGCGAAUCGUCCCGUGUAACCUCACCUUAAAUCAAUCGAAUCCGCCUUAACGAGGUGCAACGUAGUUCAUCCUACAUAUUGUUAGAGCGGACAUCUGUGGCGAGGACAUGUCGUAGCUCGUGCGGUAGGAGUUCGCUUCCCGGUCGGGAGAAGAAUGGAACAGGACAAAGGUUUCCAACCGUGCGUUUAUUCCUUCUCCAACUUCCCUCCGAGCUAAGAAUUGCUUUCCUAUAAUUCGUGGAGACAGUUGUUGCUCGGUUUCCGAAAUAAAGUGAUUCCCGAGAAAUGGGUGAAACAGAAUGUCAUGGUUGUUCAGCCCAGAGGUAGUCGCUUAUCAGAGUCUAAAUACAGCGUUUGUGUCAAAUGGGAUUUUGAAAUCGAUAAGAGAGAUAGGCAGUCAGCCACAAAAGAAUAAAUAAAAAGUCAGUUAACACCUACCUUUGAUACAUUUUAUCUCCAGCUUUCUCGCGAGGACCAAGGAUUUCAGCUAAGGCUUGGUUGCGAGGUAAGCUAAUCUCUAGUUCCCUUUUCGUACGCUGAAACUAGCCUUCGUGGCCAGACCGAGAGAGGAAGGAGGAACUUCCCUCCUCCCUCACACGCUCCUCGCGGUAUUGUGCGCCCGAAACCCCCUCCCCCUCUUCAUCCCCCCCCCUCCCUCCGCCCGAUCGAACACCUGCCUCGUAAGCCACACUACAACGCACUCUCCAGACAAAGAGGGUGAAGAAAACUUUCCUCACCACUUAAGAAAUGGGAAGGGAACUGGGGCCCAUUUCUCGAAAAGUUCCGGUAACUUUUCGGGCCAGAAAUCAAAUAUUCAAAUCGAAAUAUAAAGAAUAAGAGCGCGGGUCCUGGCCAGCAAACUACCCCAUUUUGUUUCAGUAACUUAUAGUUAUGUUAGAUGCAAAACUAUUGAAACCUCGAUCUUUGAUGUAAACGAGAGACAGCUUACCGGGCUGUUAAUAAUCGGGACUGUCGAGAAACGGGCCCUUGGAGCCGAAAUGCGUGCCGCAAUUGUUUCUGGGAUGGUUACUAGGGAAGCGCCUGUCAGCUAUUGGCCAAUUUUUUUCCAUGUCCCUAGCAACAGUCCCAGACGUCUUUGCAGAAGUUAACUCGUCCCAGAUUCCCUCUCCUUUUUAAAGUGUCGAGUUGUAGAGAAGCGUUUGUUGCCUUUUAUAUUAGCAUGUAUGGCUGAGUACUUACUCCGUUAUAAUUUUUUUUUUUUCAGAUUGUCAUUGCUACACCUGGUCGUCUGAUUGAUGUACUCGGUAAAUGUUUUCUUUAUAUUUCUCAUUUCUGCUUGUGCAGUGUUGGCACCCUACAGUAUCACGAGAUGAUUCGAUAACUGCAAUCAUUGGUUUUCUAGCGUUUUUUCGAAAUAACACUGUAAUACAACAAAAUACGCCAUCUUCUUUUUCUCCUCGUCCUUAGCCAAGUAUAGUUGUCUUGUGGUAGUGUAGUAAGUUUCUAUUUGGGUUAACCAGGGUAGGAAAUUUCCUUCUUCAACGGCCUCUGUUUCUGGAAUCGAUGAAGGUUUCCAUCCAGGACCCCGGUCCUAACUCCAUUAGUUCUUUCCCUACUGUUCCUCUCCUUGUCUUUCAGGGUUUCUCUAUUUUUCGUGCCUUCAGUUCUGGUGUCCAUUUGAUUGCGGUGCCGGAAUUGGAAAUGGUAUAGAGUUAAACUAAGUUAUUCAAAAUUCAAGGCGAAAAAGAAUCUAACGGUAUCUUCUCUUAGAGACUGCAAAUGUGAAUCUAUGGAGUUGCAGUUUCGCUGUUCAUAAGAUUUGAAGUAAUUGAUUGAAGCUUUUUGUUCUUCUUUCUCUUGCAGAAAAUCGAUACCUUGUACUCAGUCGCUGUUCAUAUAUUGUUCUUGAUGAGGUUAGUUGUUUUAAUUUGUUUGUUUGUUUUGUGUUUUUUCUUUUUGCGAAAUUUUGAAUCAGACAAAGAAUAAGCUGUUUUACAAAGGAAAAUUCGAUAGAAAGCCCUACUACUCAAUCAUUCGUCUUAGAAGAUCUGAGCAAAUGUCGGUGGUACUAUUGUAGGCUAUCGUAUGAUUGACAUGGGCUUUGAACCUGAUGUUCAGAAGAUUUUGGAGCAUCUUCCAGUAAGCAACGUCAAACCUGAUUCAGAAGAUGCCGAGGAUCCAGAAAAGCUGUUAGCUUAUAUGGGAAAGGACAAGUUUAGACAGGUUCGUAUAAAUAUAUUAAUUAAUUGAACCGCGGGCUCAAUGUUUCAGUGUUUAUUGACCGGCGAGCUUGUUGGAAGUAGGCGGGGCUUAAAGAAUUUUCACGGUUCACAUGAAGUUGCCUUUAAUAUAAUAGUGAACUUACACAACAGGACGGGAGAGGAAAGAAGACGGCAAACCUUGCGUGACAAGCGUGACAAUAAUUUUGGUUGAAAAAACUUUCCGCCAAACUUCACUUUCCUUUGUACAGACCUUUUUUUAAGAAACCAGAAAACAUUAAUGAUAUGGGAAGACCACGACAAAACACGCAAUUAAUAGCCCUGUCACAUUUGUCACACUCAAGCAUUUGCCGUCCUUCUCUUCAUGCCGUCCUGUUGCGUAAACUCUCUAAUAUCUGUUUGUAGCCUUCGUAUUUAGUUUGUUUCAACAACGAAAAUAGGAGACGUCUCGUCGAGGAGAUGAUGUCGAGACUCUAGUCAGUUGACACUACUAGAAUGCAGUGUAACCACCAGCUGAACGUUUGAACAAUAUUACUAAAGACCAGUGAACUGAGAUUCGUAUCAUUGACUUUUCUGUUUUACCUUGUUUAGACUGUUAUGUUCACGGCGACAAUGCCUCCACAAGUAGAACGCUUGGCCAGAAACUAUCUAAGGUCAGUUAUUGGUUUCACUAUUUACUGAAACAUUGUUUUCUAAAUAGAUAUCCUUCAUUGACGAUUUAUCCGCAUACAAAGCCGCUCACAUUAACUAUAAAUAACUCAAUAAUAACUAAUUCCGGUAUAUACCCCCGGUAAAUUUCGAGCAGUCUCUCUUUAUUCUUGGUCCGUCGAGCAAAACGCGCGUGACUGAAGGCACCAGAGGGGAGAGGCACGAAAAAAGAGAGAGACUCUUUUGUCUUCUCGGCCUGCCGCCCUCGUUUCUUGCGUCUCGCUCGACGCUCGCGCGCGUGCAUCCCCCCCCCCCCCCUAAAUCUGAAGAAAAAGAGAGACUGCUCGCAUUCUAACCCCGCAGCAGUAUUUACCGCGCAAGGCUGGUGAGACCGAGCAAACGACUGAAAAAAUAGGUCAAAUAGACCAUUUCCGUACUCGAAACGUCCUCACUUUAAAAAAGCGAGGCCGUGUGCAAGACCCCAUUUGUGAAAAUGAGUUUCAUUUGCUUGAGAAUUAAAAAAUCGUUUUCAUAUCAGAGACUUCGCACACUUUAGCUUCGUUUUAAAACAGAGGCUUGAGACAACUUGGAAUUGGCAUAUAAACGUAACGAGACUAACAAUACCAACUUGAUAGAGGCAAACCAGUUGGAUAUUUACAACCUUGGUUGGGGAUUUGAACAAAUCCAGCCAGCGGUUAGGGCGGGUAUUGAACCCAGGGUCUUCGGAUUGUAAGUCCAACGCACUAACCCGCUCGGUCACGCUGCCCCCUAAUAUCAGCACCCAUAUUCCAAUUCUUAUCAUUUUUAUCAUCGCCUGUACAUUUAAGCAGUGAUACGUUAGGGAGAAAUUAGAUGCUGAUCUACAUCUUAAAACGAGAAGAAUUGACCAAGAAUUGUUUGUUAAAAAGCAACCUUAAGUGACUGGGAACCUAACAUUGCGAUUAUUUGUUUUUCCUUCAGGCGCCCAGCUGUGGUUUACAUCGGUUCUAUAGGUAAAUACUGUUAAGAACAAGUCUUUUUUAACCCUCCUUCAAUCGGAUAUACAGUGUAACGGGGAUCUUUCUGUUUCUUUUUUUCCCCUUUGCUGGAUUAUGACGGUUCACACAUCGGUCAUUGACGCUGCAUGUCCAACAAGUUUUACACCAUACUGAAUUAUGCCAGGGAUGAUUUCCUGAGAAAUAGCUUACCACGUUAUGAUCUAAACUGCAGUUGUCAGGUUCAACUUGUGAGCCCGGUUCCUCAAAAGAUAUCAGCUAAGUUUAACCCAGGGUAAAGCCUAAUUUUUAGUAAAGUUUUCUUGUCUAGGAAAACAUAAUUGGAGGUUUUGAAAUAUUGUCCAGGUUAUUAAAGCGGGCAGCUCUUCUAUUUGUGUUUCUGUAUUAAAGUAAUUCAAUUUUCUCUCAUCACUUCACAGGCAGACCAGUCGAGAGAGUGGAACAGAAAGUUUAUUUGGUUAAAGAACAAGCAAAGAGGUACGCCUGCGUGUAUCAUCCUUUAUAUGUUUCUUAAACUGUAGCAAUGUAUGUAAAUUUAUUAACGCGAGAUUAAUUGCGGUGGACUGUAGUUUUUUCAUCGUAAAACGCUGCUCUUCUUUUAUGUUAGUCUACCAAUAACGUUUUGCUGUGUACCUUUUUGUCCAAUUCAGAGGAAUAUUAACUCAGACUGACAUUUUGGUCCUAUAGGGAGAAAAGCGACUUUUGAUUAGUAUUGUGGGGAAACUGCCAUAUAAUUGUUGUUGUUAUAUAGCUGGAAAUCUCUUCGCAACUGCGCGCGCGCGUCUCAUUGGUUACUUCGAGGUCACAUUACAUCUAACAGUUAAACUGUUUCCCGCCAAAAUCUCUUACCAAUCUAUGACGUCAGAGGGCAACAUUGCACUGUUACCUGCGAACGUUGACCGUUACAGCGAGGUUUAAUGAAUUUCCAGCUAUAUAACAAAUCACUUCGGUAAACAGUUGAUUUUGUUUCUGUUGAAUCUCAAUGUCUCCCUCAGCUUAUUAGGAAAUAAUAUUAGCUGUUUCGCUCGGGACCAGUCAUUUUAAAAGUGUUUAUUGUUGUUUCCUUGACAGGAAGAAGUUGCUAGAGAUGCGGAACUCUGGCAUUGAUCCUCCGAUCAUAUUUGUCAAUCAAAAGAAGGUGAGAGUUGCUUGUCACCGCAGCGGAUAGUUGAGAUGACGUACAAAAAAAGAAACCCACAGAAAGUGAGCGAGGAUCGGUGAGAGCGAGGGCGGAGCUCUCAUGCACUGACUCCCUCCUUGUUUCGUUUAGUCCGCGUGGAAGGCGUUUGAAGGGGAUAAGGUGGACGAGAUGGCUACGCGAGGAAGGAGGGAAGCCAUCGCGCGCCUUUCAUGUACUCGCGUGCCUUACUUCCCCUUUUCCCGUCUUCAAUGCUGGCUAGUCUUCGUUGGCCCCUUUAGUUUUCUCCGCUGUUUCUAUCUGAGAUCUUGCGACAGGAUAUCAGGGACCUUUAGGCUAUAAUCGCACUAUACCGGAGAGCUUGUGCGCCGGCACCAAAAUCAUACCUGGUAGGGCUUCUGUUCACACAUAACAACGGUGAUUUGGGAGCAGUUUCUGUAACGGAGCGAAGCUGCGCCAGGCCGAUCUCUUAAGUGGCAUGUCACAUAUCGGAUAAGUUUUCAUACUAAAGCGGAUAGCUUCUCUCUUCGGCACGAAAAGCUGUCCGUUAUAGUAUGAACACAGCCUGAGAUUGGAUUACGAGUAGAAGAUUGAGUAGGAGCUUUCAAACCAGGUUCAUGAGCUCCAGAUAAACACUUUUCACAACAACUGAAUCUCUCAAGUCUCUCUACGUUUUGUUAGCAGCGGGAACAAGUGAGAGACCUGAGAACAUAAAUGGCUUCAAAUUCCAAUGUCAUACUCUUAGUCAUCGAUCACGCCCUCCGAAUCAAAUCUAAAGGUUGCUCAUUGUUACUUAAUAGACGACAUAUCUGUAAUAAAGUUUAGCUGAUUAACUCUUUUUCCGUCUGUCUUAGUGAGCGGACGUGCUCGCCAAGUCCCUGGAAAAAAUGGGCGUAAGUUAUCGUUUGUGGCGUUGGGCGUGGGUGAUUUUAUAUCUUUUCUCUUCGAUGUAGGCUACGGUUUUGUUGUAAUUUGUUACCAAACGAACUUUAGCCUCCGAGUAAGCUCUCCAUUGGGGUGAGGAGGGGGGGCCGGGGUGUGGGGUCGCGAGAAGUCACGCGAGAGCAGCACGCUCGCGCCUUCGCUCGCCAUACAUGGAGAGUUUGCUAGCAGGCUAAACGUACUUAAGUGAAGCAGUGGCUGCUUGAACGCCAUUGCGAAUUACUUAAUUGUUUUUAUAUAUGAGAUUUUUGGGCCUGGUAAAACGAGCAAAUCCUGUUUUCGUCGUCAGUUUUGACGGACAGCGUAUAAGGCGGAUCGUGAUCACGCGGGGCAAACGUUUCUCACCGUCAUUCUUAAAGUGCCUGGUUUGCCCAGUAUUUGAUUUCAUCUUCGAUCGUUUUUAUCCUUUUGUUUCUUCAGUUGCAUACCUUCCCUUUUUUUAAUUUUCGUUCCCGAGAGCGGGCACUGACAUAACUUUCUGAAUUUUUUCUUAUAGUUUCGUGCUACAACUCUCCACGGUGGACGAAACCAAGAACAGAGGUGAGGUUUAGAUGUAACCUCUUGUUAUUUCUUCGUCAUGGUUGUUAAAUGUCUGUUACAUAAAUCUAGCGAGACACAUAGAGUGUAGGAAACUAAGAAAACAAGGGUAUUGGACGGAUGGAAGGAUGUUUCAGUGAAAUUCCCGAAUGUUUAGUACACCACUGUUGCCGUUUUUUUUUUUUUUUUUUUUUUUUUUUUUAAUGAAGAUAUGAUCGUCGCAGUGGUAGUUGUAAUUUAAGAUUGCAAAUAAACGCGAAAAAACAAAUUGGGGACUUCAACGAAUCCAUGGCCUCUGCGUUAGUGCUGCAGUGUUUGACCAUUUGAGCUAUGAAGACCCAUACAUUUGGAGCAGGCCAAUUUGUUGAGUUCAUCUUAAUCUGUGAAAGGAAUGAAACAUGAAGAUCAUGUGAACUGCGGAAGUACAAAUUUUAAAUGAAGAUAUGAUCGUCGCAGUGGUAGUUGCAAUUCAGACAAUAGCAAAUAAACUCGAAAAAAAACCUUUUUUUAGGUUAAACAGCUCUGUCAACGAUAAUCUUCGAUUGGGCCCUAUUUUUUUGAAAGCACGACAAGCCCGCUGUCGUUUGCUUGAUUAAACCUUGCAAACAUUUUUGCCAUGCAUCUCUACACUCAGUUUCAUUAGUUCGUCAACUGAGUCGAACAUACGCGGUUACAUAACAUGUACAUCUUAAUUCUGAACCUGUCAUAAAGAUUCAUUUUGUUGGUUUUCUUUCAGAGAGUUUGCUUUGUCGAGUCUUAAAGCUGGUGCUAAGGACAUCCUUGUGGCCACUGAUGUAGCCGGUCGUGGUAUUGAUAUCAAGUAAGUUCAUGAUAAACAGUUUCUUUGUUUUGUUGUUUUUGUUGGCUCCUGGGCUAAAGAUUUUUUUCUUACACUUAUUUCCAAACUCAACCUGGAUACCGGUUAAUCGGAGAGAACCUUGAGAACAAGGAUGAUGGUCAACUUUAUGAAGUUUUUUUUUCUUGACUAAAUGUGUGUUUUUUAUAGCGCAAGUAAAAUCUCUCAAAGUUGAUUUCUUCAUUUCAUAUCUUUUCCAGGGAUGUUUCACUUGUUCUUAACUAUGAUAUGGCCAAGUCAAUUGAAGGUAAGUGAUGAGUUUAACAUUGAAACCUUAGGCUUAAAAUAAAAGAAAUUUCACAGAGACAAACAGAGUUGAUAAUCUUAUCUUAACUCACUUUCAUACUAACAGAUAAACAAACUUCAUUAAGUACGGCGUUAACCAGUAUGUAAUAAGUCUAAUUUUGUCUCAUUUCUUCAUCCACGUACACUUUUGGUUUUUAGGUAUUAUAUUAUUGUAAUUCUUUGACAAUUUUGAACGAUUGUUUUGAUGUUUCAGUCAAAUUGGAUCUAUUCGGUAAUUGCUGGAAGAGACCUUAUUCACGAUACCCGCCAUCUCACGAACGAAGGAUUUAUGGGUUAAAGGAAAUAUCGCGUGGUUUCUAAGGAGGCAAACAACUUAUAAAACCUGUCAAUAAAAGUAAUUGCGGCCGAGUUUAUUUAUUCCCUCAGAUGAGAAACCCCGUGACAUCCCAUCCCAUCAACCUUGCGCGCUUCCAAAGGUGGCGGGUAUUGUGAGGAAGGUCUAUUGCCUAAAUUUACGGGACUUACCACAUAGCCAGUGCCCUAUGGCGGCUAACGUGUCAUUGUUUUUAAAUUUUUUAUCAGGCUACACUCAUCGUAUUGGUAGAACCGGUCGAGCAGGGAAAACCGGUGUUGCCAUCACGUUUUUGACGCAGGAGGACUCAGCAGUGUUUUAUGAUCUCAAGCAGACAUUAUUAGCGAGUCCCGUAAGUGCGAUGCUUUGUCAAUUUUUACAGAGCGUCAAAGAAACCAUUUUUCCACAUAAUGAAAGUUGAUUCGACUAUAACUAACAGAUUUAUGUUCUUGCAAAUCUUGUAUAUUGUCUAUGAAUUGUAUUGUUCAUAUCUGAGUCUGAAUUGGGUUAAAGUGUUUACUGUUUUUUGCCCGAAAUUUGACAUUUAAUGUAUAAUAUUUUUGGUUAAGAGGGUUUAAGUGUCUCGGGCGGAAAUUGAGUGUUACAGGGCCAAUGUACAAGCGAAUGGAUUCUUAAUCGUGCUAUGGCGAAUAACAAGCAAAAAACACGUUUAAACCUGGGUUACCCAGGGGACGAAUUUGCUUCUCGAGGUUGAUUCUGGGUUGGUGGUGUUUUUUGAUUGCAGUAUGGGAUUGAUUCGCUUCUUCCAUUGGUCAUUUUGAGGUUAAGCGGUAAGCUGGGUGAAAAUUCGUCACCCAAAGCAGGUUCAUGGUGCAACGUGAACAGUUGUCAGCGGUUUUGACAUGGAAGGGAAACAAACGUUAACCUCUGUUGCAUGCUUGUUUAAACAGAAGACCAUUGAACUGCAGGCUCAACUGUAAUAACUCCUAUUCGAUAAAACACCAACCUUUCCAAGACCCUGUAAGGCGUCUUCCCAGGCAUUCUCUGUCAAUGCAUUUUGGUAACGCUUGGACCACGUGACCCGAAAUGCAUAGGCCGCGCGGAGUACUGAGGCCUAGGGACAAGGCAAACACCAAACAACUCUCGCGAGUAAACAGGAAAUGGCUAACAACCUUUUCCCAGGGUUCUCUUCUCUCUUACUCGUCCCUGCUGAACGAAAGAGGAGAGAGAAACCUGGAAACGAAGUCGAAUGGCCAAUUACUCACUGCCGUUAUGAUUAGGGGUAGUAACUGGUUUAUUUCUGAUUGAUUGAUAGGUGAGCCACUGUCCUCCGGAGCUUGAUAAACAUCCUGAUGCACAACACAAACCUGGCACAGUUCUUACAAAGAAGAGAAAGGAAGAAACCAUUUUUGUGUAAAUACCUAAAUAAAUCCAGUAUUUACAAGACCGGAAACCUCUUUUCAUAGCCAUGAAAAUAGUAAAACGAUCAAGGGUAUAAAGCUCUGAAGAAAAUAAACGAAAUUUUGAAACUUUUAUUGGUGAUAUCUUUUGAAACCUUUUCAGAGCAUGAAUGAGCAAUUUAUGCAUUAUUCUUUAUUCUUGAUAUGCUAGCGUCUGAACCUCCAACGUCUGACUGAAACAACGAGUCUGGCUGUGCUGAAUUUUGGAUGUCUCAGCAGUUAUCAGGUUUUAUACAACUUGCUCCUGUUGAUUUUUCACGCCAUCUUUUUCUAGCCCGCUCCAAGCUCUUACGCUUACGUUACACGGAACGAUUAGCAGCGACGACUUUUAGCGCCGCACAGCACUACAACAUUGUUACGACGUUGUUUCCAAUAGUUGCAAUAUUGUUCCAACAUUGCAACGUCUUCGUUGAGAAUCGUCUCGUGUAGCAUCACCUUUAGUUAGUAGUAGCCUGCGUAGCAAAAAGAAAGAACGGGGCGCGCGAGGGAGACACGCUAGGGGAGAGGGUGUCUUCCUCUCACUCCCCGUUCUUUCCUGCGCCGAUUACUUCCAAGCGCUUAACGGCUACGCAGGCUAAGAUAGUAGGGAUGACGUAAUCUCGAACCCAGAUCUCCCGCGGCCAUGACGCGUAAGUGAAAAACACGCCAAAAUACGAGCGCGUGAUCUGGAAAAUUGGCCGGUGUUGGGAAAAAGGAAGCCCUUCCUCUCCCCAGUUUUCUCCC